AUGGACAUCAUUGACGUCGCUGAGGGUAAAAGCGUAGAGGAUGUACUGCGACGGAGAACACCCCAAGCGCCGCAAUCUCUGACAAGAAGGACAGACACAGCCUAUUCUGCCUCAGGCCGUUUCCGGGGAACCAUGGCUUUCGCUGAAGAAGAGAACGCGCUUGUAGAGAAUGAGCUAAAGCUCUUGAAGUAUGAUAUCUGCUCUGUACUUCACCCGAAGCGUAAGAAGUUCGGCAAAGCUCGGCAGAAGCGGACUUUCUGCAAGUACUCGUGA